UCUCCUGAGACCCCCUCCCUCCCAGCUCCUCUGUCCUCGUGUCCUCCUCAGGGCUGUCCUGCUCCGCGGGCCUCCCCUUUGUAUUCAGCCCUUCCUGCACGCCUCCGCAUGGUGGGGGUGACUUGGCCACCCUGUGACACCCAGUGCUCUUCCGUCCCAACUUGAACCCUGCUGGAAAAUGGUCUCUUCUGAUAGACUCAUGUUCCCUGAGAAAGCCCAGAAGAGGAGGAAGAGGACAGAAAAGGAGUCAGGAAUGGCUCUUUCUCAGUUUGUGUGAAGGUAAGGACUCCACUCAUGGCCCCUUGGUGAAAUGUGUUUUCAUCUCAGGGACAGUUGACCUUCGAGGACGUGGCCAUCAAGUUCUCACAGGAGGAGUGGGAGUGCCUGGACGCUGCUCAGAGGGCCUUGUACAGGGACGUGAUGUUGGAGACCUACAGGAACCUACUCUCCCUGGGUGCUGGUUUUUCAGCAUAUCUCAUGCAGUACAGCUCUUAUGCGCUACUGGAUCUCCCUCCUGUGCGUGUGGUCAAACAUUUACAACCCAAAGCGAACAGUAAUACAGGAGAAGUAUUCCAAACAACAAUGUUGAGAAGACCCGAAAGCCAUGAAAUCAAACGUUUUCACCUCAGGAAAAUCGAGGAAAAUAAGUAUGAGUGUCAGUGGAGAGAUGGUGAGAGAAAUGACAAAGGAGUGCCUGUAACCCACGAGGAACAUCUCACGGGUGGAAGACGUCGACCUGAUAGAAGGGAUGCAGGAGUCAAGCCCGUGGGAAAUAGGCUUGGAUUAAGCUUUCAGGAUGAGCCGCAUAUAAUUAAAAGUAAAGGGCAAGUUUAUGAAUGUGAUGAGGUUGACAAGUCUACCAGUAGUAGUUCCUCAUUUUCACCAGUUCAGAGAAUUCUCCCCAGUGUCCAAACCAGUGUUCCUAACACACAUGGGAGUGAUUUUAUGCAUCCUUCAGUGAGGAUGCAACACCAGAAAGCUCACAGGGAAAGACCUCACAGACGUGACGAGGGUGGGAAAAGCUUUCUCAGGAGCUCUCACCUCACGAGACAUCAGAUCACCCACCCAGGAGCAAAAUUAUAUCAAUGUGAUGUGUGUGGUAAAAUCUUUGGUCAAAAUUCAUGCCUUACACGUCAUCAGAAUGUUCAUGCUGCAGAGAAACCUUACAAAUGUAGUGAGUGUGGCAAAACCUUUACUCAAAGCUCAAACCUCAGUAGGCAUCAGAAAAUUCACACAGGAGAGAAAUUACAUGAAUGUGAUACAUGUGGUAGAGUCUUCACUCAAAAGUCACACCUUAAAAUUCAUCAGAGGGUUCAUACUGGAGAGAAGCCUUACAAAUGUAAUGAGUGUGGCAAAGUAUUUCGUCUAUACGGAACCCUUGUAAGUCAUCGGAGAGUUCAUACAGGUGAGAAACCUUACAAAUGUAGUGAGUGUGGCAAGGUCUUUAGUCAAAAACCACAUCUCCGUGUUCAUUGGAGAAUUCAUACUGGAGAGAAACCUUUCAAAUGUAGUGAGUGUGGCAAGGUCUUCAGUCGCAAUUCAUGCCUUACAAGUCAUCAGAGAAUACAUUUUGCGAAGAAAUCUCCCAAAUUGAGUCUGGAAAACCUUUGACUCAGGUCUCAACCCUCACCACACAUCAGAAAAUCCAUGCAUGAGACAGACCAUAAAAAUGUGAUAUAUGUUGGAAGUUUUAAAAAUUCAAACUUCAAAAUUCACACCUUACUGUUCUUGGGAGAAUUCAUAGUAGAGAGAAACCAUACAAGUUUGAAUGUGGCAAAGCUUUUGUGUAUUGGGUCUCACCAUGAGAUGAUCCACAAUGGAAAGAAAUCUUACAAAUGUGAUGACUUUGUCAGCAUGUUCAGUGGAAAUUUAUACCUUAUGAUCCACCAAAGAAUUCAUACUGGAGAGAAACCUUUUAAAUGUUAGGAAUGUGUCAAGUCCUUCAGUGUGCUUUCAAGCCUAAUUUACCAUCAGAUGAUCCACACGAGCGAGAGCCCUUAAAAAUGUAAUGAAUGGGGCGAGGCUUUUAGCGGGCAUUCACAUCUAAGGCUUCAUGAGAAAAUUCAUAUUGGAUAGAAGCCUGAUAAAUGUAUUUAGUGUGGUCACGCCUUUAGAAAAUGAAUUCAUUCUGAAACGAUUCUUCUCAUAUGCCACGAAUGUGAAAAACCUAUACUCAGGGCUCACAUCUCACCAAUAAUCAGAUAAUCAGCACUGGACAGAAACGUUACACAUAUGCUAGAGUUUGGAAAACUUUGAGGUUGUGCCUUAAACUCAGGGAUCACCAAGUAUCUCAUGCUUAAAAAUUCAGUGACUGUGGCAAAGCUUUAAAUUAUUGCUUAUUCCUCAGUAGAUACCGGAAAAUUUUUCAUGGAGAGAAACCACACAAAGUGUGUGUGGCAAGGAUUUUACCCAAAGAUCACAAGUUGGGAAACACUGAGCAAUACCUUAGAAAUGCAGUAAAUGUGAAACCUUUACCUUAGGUUCAAAUAUUAGGCAACAGCACAACUCCAUGCUGAAGGAAUGCCAUGUAGAUGUAGGGCUGCAGCUUUAUGGAGGGCCUGCGGUGCACUGGACUGCCGAAUUCACGUCUUUGAGAGAAACCACACAGAACAAUAUGUGUGCUAAAGGCUUGUACCUGAGGAUCCAGAAUGUGGGACAUAGAGGAUUUAUGUCGGAGGACAAGCUUCCAAACGUGAUGAAUGUUGUAAAUUGUUUUCAUCAAGUGGUCACGUCUUUGCUGCAAUGAGAAUUCAUACAGGUCAGAAAGUAUACAGAUAAGCUGAACUUGGAAACACUUUUAAGAAAGUGCAUCCGCAGGGGUCACCAUAAAACUCAUCUUUGGGAGAAUCCUUAGGAAUGUAAUGAACUUGAUUCAGUCUUUUGAGGAAUACUUAAAACAGACCCCACAUCAGUGAAUGCAUCCUAGGAAUAAGUAGUCUUCAGUUCUCUGAGAUGAAUCGGAGGUCUUACACACUGCAGAAUCAUUACAAGUCUCAGGAUGGUGAAACUUGUGUGUAUGAUGUGAAAAUGUGCCAUCAUCUUCAGUGUAUAAGUGUUAAAUUAUUUGAGUUUUUUGAAAAGGCAGAAUGACUUUAUGCCUUUCAACCUGAAGUCUGAAGUCUGUUUAAUCUGGUGCCUUCAUCACAGGACUUUUAUGAGGGUCUUUAGGAAGGUUCAGUAAGAAGGCGCUGAUGUCAGUGGGUGUGGUUUAUUCACAUCCAUGUUCCCUGGAAAAAUGAGGACCAUGAGUUAACAAGUUCAAUAUUGUGUGAAAUAGGAACAGGGUGGGCAGAGAAUAAUGUAAAACUGUGACAUGGCUCAUCAUGCUUCUGUUCAUGGUGCCUUCCAUAGGUAAGGGCUGUGGGUUACAAUUUUUUUUUUUAAUUGGUCUUAUUUUUGGAAACCGAAGACAGGGCAGUUAUCCUGAGAGGAAAUUUUAUUCAAAAGAACAAGAAUAGGAUACGUAUGUGCACAGUUCAUGUGUAACUGCUGCCAUUCCCUUCUGCUGCUCUUUUAUUCAGAAUGUAUCAUAGGUGUUUUGUUUUAAUUAAUAAAAUUGAAUCACUUUUGUCAUAA